AUGGCGAAGAGAUUAUCACCGCCGCCGUCAUGGACUAGUCGGAUCCGACCUGCCCUUUCUGACGUGCCUCAUGCGGCCAUCCUCGUCGCCGACGAGGCGCAGAAUCCGGAAUUUCUCUGGGCUGCCCGGGGCGGAGGUACCGGCCAGUACGGCGUCGUGUCCAAGUAUAUCAUCAAGGCGAACCCCCAACCCGGCAACAGAGAUGCUGCGGCUCUGCUUGCCAGUGUUCCUGACCUGAUGGACGGGGCCCUCACAGGAACUGGCAUGAUCAGCGCCGGAGCUCUGCCGGUCAACUCUUCUCAGACUGUCCGCAAGGUUACUGCUUCCAUCGGCUUCGUCGCCUACAACACAACGGAUGAGGAAAUGACCUCGCUCCUCGAACCUGUCAGAGCCCGCGUCCUUGCCGAGGUGGGCGACCAUUCCGUCACCGUCACCCUUAGCAAACCAGCUUCGCAGCCUGGUUGCAUGACUUUCUUUGAAAGCUUGAACCAGUCGCCGGGUACAUUCGGAGCUGGCAUGAUGAGGAAUCGCUUCCUUGGGCGCAAGGAACUCGCCGACAUCCCGGUAUCAGCCGUGGCUUCGUAUCUUCAGCAUCUGAACGUUCCGCGAAAUCCCACGGGCAGCCCCCUCAUGGUCAUUGAUCUUCAGGGCGGACUGGGACCUCGCAAUGUCUCCAACGUACUCCCGCCGUGCUCUGGCUCACACAUGAACGAGGGCAACGCUUUUGGCGCCAUGUUCAAGGAGGACUUCUACGGCACUUCGUACGACCGUUUGGUUGAUAUCAAGAGGAAGUAUGACCCCACGGAGAGUCUGUUCAUCUUGUGGGGCGUCGGAAGCGAUGCUUGGGAGUCCAACCUCAGCAGUGGCAAAUUUUGCAAGACGGUCUGA